CCUGGUGCGCGCCCCAGCGGCGAGCGGAAGAGCGGGAGCUGCGGUGAGGCGGCGGAAGCAGAGAGUCACGGCGUCCCGAUUGAAGUGGUGCCAUGCAGCCAGAAGCAGAGAGGUGCAGAGUUCGAGCCAAAAGGCCUGACAUGGCACUUUAUGUCCCCAAAGCUAGAAGGGAUGCAGCACUCCUCAAGACAGGUGCUAAAGAAAAAAACUGCAAUCUUCCUGACUCUGUGCUGAAAGAACAAAAAGAAGAUAGUCUUUCUCAAAAGGAGAUUUUUGUGGACAAAUUGGAGACUGAAAGACUGAGUGUAAAUCUAAAUAAAAAAGAGUAUAAUUAUAGGGAAGGCAAGAAAUCUUCAUCAAGAUUAAGGAGAGACACAUGCCUUCAAAAAGGGAAUAAAGAUAGGCUUUGUACUAAGAAAAUAACCAUGGAAUCCAAAGCUGUAUUAUCCCAAGAACCUCAGCAAACAGUCCCAAGUUGUGGGAUCAUGUCUAGUGUACCUAUACAAAGACAUUUUAAACCAAAGGACAUGGAGUGUUUAGAAGUUCAAAAUAUAGCUGUGGCAGGAUAUGAGGGGACACUUCUAUCACAAUCUUCUUCAGAAACCAGUGAUAUUCAGCUUAUAAACAAACCAUUUCAGAAGAUGGAAUGCUGUGAUUUCAGUAGGCAUGAGUUAAAUGGAGAAACUUCAGAAGAAAGCAGAAUUGAAACUGAUGCUGAAGUUGUGGAGAUUCUCUCUCAGUUUCCCAGAGUUUGUACUACUGUGUUGACACCACCAGAUACUAUGCUUGCACCAGUAAAAAUAAAUUCUGAUUCUCAAAUCUUACCAAAAGACAUACAGACAUUGGAUGGAAUGUUAAAGCUCACCAUUGAGAGCAUCACUGCUGCUUCUGUUUCUGGAAGUCCAGAUGAUGUCAUUGAUCAGACUUGUAUAGACUCUAAAGCUGAGAAUAUAAGUGAUAUAUCCAAUAGUACAAGUCUCAUCUUGGGUCAGAAAAAUGCAGAUUUCAUUCUUGAUAAUAUGGGUCACAUCUCUCAUAAAGUAACUGUAGUCAGCAAAUUAGAGAUCACAAAUGACAUUAUUGAGCCAACAAUGAUUAGAGAGAGUGAUAAUGACAACACUGAUGAUGAGUUACGUGGAAAAUGUGAGCCUUCUGAUACAACUGUCCUUGUUCAUGAAACAGAUACAGAUAAUAGGUCUGGAAGAGUAAGUGCUAGUGCUUGUGAGGCAUGUAUGAUGGGCAUUGCAGGUACCGUGUGUGAUCACAUAACUAUAGGCAGCCCUUGUAUAGUUGGAAUUGGACUACCUGAUGAGACAUGUAGCAAUAUAAGUACUUUCUCAAAGUCUAUAGGAAUGAAUGUAGAUGCAGCUCCUCUUCAUGUACCUAAAAGUGAGAAUGACUCUGAAAAUGUCAGCAACCUGACUGCUUGCUUAGAUAUUUAUGCUGAGAGUUUUACAGAGUCAACAGGAAAGUUGAUAGAGAGCUUGUCAGAUUGUGCUUCUUCCUUACCUAUAAAGAAGAUUGCUGAUAGUAAUUGUAAUACUUUUUUGGACUCAGAACUCACUGUGUCAAAUGGGGCAAAAGUACUUUCAGAGAAUGCCUUGGGCAAUGAUCUGGAUAGUACUGGUGAUAUAACAGAGGCAUCUCAUGAACUAAGAACUGCUGAACAGGUCCAAACAAAAGAGCAAGAUGACUUAGAAAAUACAGAAUUUACUGUAUCAUUUCCUGAUAGAGAAUCAUCUAUAGAAAUAUCUGUGGAGCUAAAAGCAAAUGAAACUUCUCACAUACAGGGAAGUACUGCUAGUGAGGAGAGCUGGGAGUCUAUGUUUAAUGAUGAUGGUGACUGCGUGGAUCCACGACUUCUACAAGAGUUAUCAGGGAACAUGAAGAACAGAGAAAGCAUUCAGGAACCUAGAUUUGAUUAUUACAACAAUGAACUUCCUGAUAUAGACCUCAGUGAAUGUGAGUUCCCACAUGUCAUUGAAAUUUAUGACUUCCCCCAAGAAUUUCGUACAGAAGACCUUCUCCGGGUUUUCUGCAGUUACCAAAAGAAAGGAUUUGAUAUUAAAUGGGUAGAUGAUACACAUGCUCUAGGAGUAUUCUCCAGUCCGAUUACAGCUCGUGAUGCUCUGGGUAUUAAACAUACCAUGGUGAAGAUCCGGCCCUUGUCACAAGCUACAAGAGCAGCCAAGGCUAAAGCUAGAGCUUAUGCAGAGUUCCUCCAGCCAGCAAAAGAGCGACCUGAGACUUCAGCAGCCCUAGCCAGAAGGUUGGUCAUCAGUGCCCUUGGGGUUCGAAGCAAGCAGAGCAAAACAGAACGAGAAGCAGAGCUUAAGAAACUGCAAGAAGCCCGAGAGAGAAAGCGGUUGGAAGCCAAACAACGGGAAGACAUCUGGGAAGGAAGAGACCUGUCUGCAGUUUGAACAUUGCUUAAUGAAAAGGAUAAAUUCCCAUGCAUUAGCAAAUGUUUCAUAGUCUUCAAAUGAGAGGAUCAUUCUAGAGCUGUGUACAUGCUGAGGUACAUGUUAAAGAAAAAGAAAAAGUGGUCAAGACAAAGACUGACAGGGCUAAGAGAGAAGGUAAAAUCCUGUGCUCACUCCUAGUUGCAGUUCUUUGCGACUUUUCCUACCAUGGUAGAUACAGAAGGGAACUAUCAAAACAUGGAAGAUGUGCCAUCCAAGAAUCCUUUGGAAAGGGUCGUGUACGCAUCGUGUUUGUAUGGUUCAUACUUCCCAAGAGGUCUAAAGCAAAAGAAGAGCACAACAGAGGAUUCAAACCUGUAGUGAUGGGAGAUUGAGACUUUGUAAAGGCAGAAUGUUCCUUAGUACCUCACAAAGCCAAGUAUAGUAAUACUGGGGCAAGUAGGGGGAGCAGUUACAACAACAAGAAGAAUGACUGGUGUACUUGGCAUACACAGACUUACUCUGCCAGUUCCAGCACUCCAAUGAUGGUGAACAGCAGCAGCUAUGGGUAUUUGGACUCCUGAGUUCAUACUGAUCUCAGUGCCUGGGGCUGCUCCAGCUGCACUUAAGCCAGGGGUCUGCCAGCUUUCUUCUCAUAGGAAGCCAGUCUGAGGAGCUGUGUGCCAGUUCCAAUUUAAGCAGCAAUAUGUUGUAAGAGGGAGACAUUAAAGGCCAUUUUAUGACAUA